UCCUCCUCAGCAGCAGCUGGAUCACGUCCUUUUGUUACAGCAAACCAGAAUAACAGUGUUAUAGUGUCUGUGUUUUACAACCAAAAGCACCUAGAAUAAAUAACAGGAGUUCGGGGAUACCUGGAGAAUCCGGAGGUGUUUCAUGACCCACCUGUGCGUCAGGAUGUUUCCCUCCUGAAAGCGAUGACAACCGAGAGAAUGAUCUCACCUGAGUACUGCAUUUAGCUUUGUAUUUGUGAAGCCUUGAGAGCUGCGUGUGAAUCCUGAGAAUGUUCAGAUCAUCUGAGGCAAGCAGACGGCGUGCUAAUAGUCAGGCACUGGGCCGUGUCAGAGGGGUGGAGGUAGCUCGAGGUAGAACAGGUUACGGUUUCACCCUCUCUGGACACUCGCCCUGCGUGCUGAGCUGUGUUCUGAAAGGCAGUCCAGCCGACUACGUGGGUUUGCGUGCCGGAGACCAGAUCCUCGCCGUGAACGACAUCAAUGUGGCGAAGGCGUCUCAUGAGGACGUGGUCAAGCUGAUCGGGCGCUGCUCGGGUGUUCUACACCUGCUCAUCGCUGAGGGCGGACAGCUGGACUCGUGCUCCAGCGACGAAGAGCUCGGAUUCCAUGAGCACAAAAGCCACUGGCUCCGACCGAAAAUGGACUCCAAGACUUUGGGAAUAAACCGUGCUGAGCGAGUGGUGGCUGAGAUGCAGUCCGGAGGGAUCUUUAACAUGAUCUUUGAGAACUCCUCCAGCCACUCCUCUAGCAGCUCAGAGAAAGCCACUGCAAAACAGAGGCCGGUCUCUGAGCUGGACUUCCGGUGCGGAGACGUCGAGGCCCACAGGAGCGACGUAAACCUUCUCUCAGAACAGGAAAUGGCCCGAGUGCUCCGUGACGACUACGUGUUUGUGGACGUGUUCGAACCUGAGCGUCAGGAAGCUGACUCAGGUGGCAUCCUCAAUGUCGGCAUGAUAGUGGGCUACUUGGGCUCCAUCGAGCUGGCCUCGAGUGGCGCCAAUCUCGAAAACGACAGCGUGCAGGCGAUCCGUGGCUGCAUGCGCCGCCUGCGAGCCGAGCACAAGGUGCACUCGCUGGUGCUGCUUGAGGUGCUUCACGACCGUGUGCUCCUACGCAAUGAACGCAGAGCCGUCCUGGCUGCAUACCCGGCCGAGAAGCUGGCGUUCAGUGCCGUGUGUCCGGACGACCGACGCUUCUUUGGCCUGGUCACUAUGCAGGCUGCCGAGGACGGCGGCAUGAAUGCACUUGCCGAUGAAAACCAGGGCUCGAGAACUUCCUGCCACGUGUUCCUCGUUGAUCCUGAGCUCUGUCACCACAAGGUACAUCAAGGUAUCUCUUGGCGUUUCGGUUUCAGCUGCACUCCAGACCCGGACACCGGUGGUUGUUUGGAAUUCCCCCCAACAUCUCAGCCGCUGCUGCAGUUCGUAUCAGUGCUCUACCGUGACAUGGGCGAGUCCAUUGAGGGCGUGCGAGCGCGAGCGUUCCUAGAUGGCGACCUGGACGCUCAGCAGAACAACAGCACCACCAGCAGCAACAGCGACAGCGGAAUCGGUAACUUCCUGCCCGAAGAAAAAAGUAACCGCGUCCUCCUGGUUGACCUCGGUGCCAAUCCUGCUCGCCACGUGCCCACGGGAUUAUGGGAAAGCGCCCAGGGCGGUAGGAACCCGAGUGCUCAGGCUGGUCUCCCUCCUCCUCCUCCACCUCCUCCUCCUCCACCCCCUUCCUCUAUAUCUCAUCGCAACGGCUACAGGCACGAGUUCUCCGAGCCACACCCACACUCCCACACAGACCGCCCUCUGUCCAGCAGACACCUGAGCUCCUCGUCCCGGCUGGAUGUCUCCGGACUUCCCACUCGCCACCAUCUGCCCGCCCACUCGAAGAAGGGUGCAGGGGGCCAGCGCUGGCUCCCUGUCCACGUCUUGAGAGAGUGGCACCAGGGCCGCAGCAGCGAUCAGGAGUCCUACAGUGAGUCCACUGACGGCUGGUCGAGUGCUAACUGCAGCACGCUGCCUCCUCCCAUGAGUAAGAUCCCGGCUGAUCGGUACCGAGCAGCACGAGACAUCGCCUCCCAGCCCCAUCGGCUCCAUGCCCAAAAGGAAGAGUGGGCCAACAAGCUGUUCGGGACGGAGAAACACUUCUGCGAGCAGCUUUUGCAGCAGCACAACGGCAAGAGGGCAAAAGACUCUGAUAAAAAGGGCGGAAGGUUCCGGGGCGUCACUAUGGGAUUUCCCCAACGCUCGUCUGGGAGGAGAUCGUUUGGGCGCUCCAAACGCCUCAGUGUCUCUCAUUCGCUGGACGACCUCGAGUCAGCAGCUGUCUCUGAUGGCGAGCUGAACAGUGCCGAUCUGAAGGGCUGCGGCAGUGACAACAGCCUGAACAGCAAUGCCACUCCCAGUGUGCAGUGCCACAGACGGCACCCAGAGCGUCGCGUGGCGGCAUGGGCCGUCUGCUUUGAGCGUCUGCUGCAGGACCCCGUCGGCAUCCGUUACUUCUCAGAGUUUCUGAAGAAGGAGUUCAGUGAGGAGAAUAUCCUGUUCUGGCAAGCGUGUGAAUUUUUCAGCCAUGUUCCAGAAACGGACAAGAAGCAGUUAUCCCAGAAGGCGAGAGAGAUCUACAACAGCUUCCUGUCCAGUAAAGCCACCACGCCGGUCAACAUCGACAGUCAGGCACAGCUGGCCGACGACAUCCUCAACGCUCCACGGCCCGACAUGUUCAAGGAGCAGCAGCUACAAAUCUUUAACCUGAUGAAGUUUGACAGUUACACACGCUUCCUGAAGUCCUUCCUGUAUCAGGAGUGUAUGCUGGCUGAGGUGGAGGGACGUCCUCUACCAGACCCACACCACAUCCCCAGUAGCCCCACGUCCAAACAUAGCACCAGCUCAGAGCGCUCCAACCUGUCCACACCCAAGAAGGAGGAGAAGAAGAGCAAAUCGGUGAAGGCACUAAACGAGGAGUGUAAAGAUGAACACAGCGAUAAAAAGAAAGGAAGUUUAUUCCCCUGGCCCCGGAACCGAAGUUUUGGGAAAGGACACAAAAAGAAAGACCUGGGAGAGUACAGCUUUUCAGGCAACGAUGGGCGCAGAGAGUCACAGGGUUCUUUAUCUUCUGGCGCGAGUCUGGAGCUCGGCAAUUCGGCAUCAGGGAAGAACGAGGGAGAGGUGUCGCGUAACUCCAUGUCGUUAUCGGAGCGCGCCGUACGUUACUGUAACAUUAACCUGCCGGACGGGUCGUGUUGCUCAGUACCCAUAAGACCCAGCGUGUCCAUCCGUGAGGUUCUGCUGGGCCUGUGUGAGAAACUCUGCAUCAACCUGGCAGCUGUAGAUCUUUUCCUGGUGGGAGGAGAGAAGCCUUUAGUAUUAGACCAGGACUGCAUGACGCUGUGUUCCCGAGACCUGCGACUAGAAAAACGUACAUUAUUCAGGCUGGAUCUGGUGCCCAUAAACCGCUCUGUAGGACUGAAAGCUAAACCCACCAAGCCUGUGACCGAGGUGCUGAGGCCAGUCGUGGCUAAAUACGGCCUGCACUUAGGAGACCUGGUAGCCAGGAUUAGUGGGGAGAAGGAGCCGCUGGACCUGGGCUUGCCCAUUUCCAACCUGGAUGGACUCAGAGUGGUGCUGGAGAUGGCUGAGCAUGGCGCUGCAAAAGACAAACAGAAACUGACCUUGACCAAAAGCCACGGGCCGCCACUGUCCGCACGAAGUCAGUCUGCUACAGCGGAAGACAGAUCAUCAGGGAAGGCUUCGACUGUCAAAACCAGGGCCCAGGUGGAAAAGCGAAAACAGAAAAAGCUUAAUAUAGAUGAAGCUGAAGAAUUCUUCGAGCUCAUAUCCAAAGCACAGAGCAACCGAGCUGACGACCAGCGGGGUCUGCUGAACAAAUCUGACCUCGUCUUGCCUGACUUCCUGCGCCUUGACCCUGACACAAGUCCCGGAGUCGCCCCUAAUCCCCGCAAGCCCCGUCCCCGCUCUAGAGAGAACGGCUCUGCUCUCAGCGCCAGCCACCAGACACAGAGCUUGGAUUCGGGUGUGGAAGGGCCAGGCAGCCGGAGAGCUUUCAUACCACUCCAUAGGAACCCUGCUCCCAAUAAGCAUGCGACGUUUGGCCCCACCCUCUCCCCCAUCUCGCACAGUCACGGAGAAUGGAAGCGACAGUGUGGCGGCCAAGCAGUGGAGGAAGAGGAGCAUGGUACGGACCUGACGCUGGUGGGUGAAGGCGAUAUCGCCAUCCCUAACAGCCUGCUCCUCCCUCCGUCUCCUUUGCCCCUCCCUCGCUCCCCAGACCGACCCCGCCUCCUCAGAGAGAAUGCUUACCAGGACAGCUGGGCCCAGCCAGGUACCUCUCCAGUGUGACCUGUGUUUUUCCUCUCGCACACUCCUCUAAUGUUCUUCCUGAAAAUCUCCACGUGUGUUCUAUCGAGUGCUGUGGACUUGCUGUUGUUCUCCUCUUUGCCAAAUCCCAUCAAAGCCGCCACUGUCCCUUUGUACAUACGUCACCCUCGACAAGCACUUUACUGAACUAUUGGCAGAGAGACAUAUAUAUAUAUAUAUAUAUAUAUAUAUAUAUAUAUAUAUAUAUAUAUAUAUAUAUAUA